CCUGCGCAUAAGUCUAGGCGUUACAUGCGUACAGAUGAUCAAUCUCAGGCCCAGCAAGAUCGUCCAUUCUUGUGCGAUAUCUGUACCCAGUGUUUUGUCCGCAACCACGAUCUCAAGCGCCACAAGCGGAUACACCUUGCGAUAAAGCCGUUCCCCUGUCCCUUCUGUAACAAAGGUUUCUCUAGAAAGGACGCACUCAAAGUGAGAUAUGUGCUCGCUUUCCUUGGAAGUCGUUGCUUACACAAAAUAGCGGCAUCGUCUUGUGAAAGGCUGUAGGAAUGGGAACACCUCCCGAACUGAAAAUAAGUAUUCUC